AAAAAUGAAGCAAACCAUCGAGUGCAAGUGAGGAUGAGGUACAGAUGAUGGAAGUUAGGAAAGGGAAGUUGGUAGGAGACAACCAUCUACAUGGGGUGGGAGAAUGGAUUUGGAGAAUGGAGUGGGAGAUUCUGAACUCGGCUCUCAGGGCCCUGCUUCACGCCCUGUCCAGCCUCUUUUCUGCUUUUACUUUCCAGCUACACUGGCCGCCUUUCAGCCUCUCUGCCUUUUCCCUUUGCCAGGAACAUUCUUCCCCUUGCUGGUUGAGAGGCCUGUGAGGCAUCUAAGUGGGGACGGCAUGGGGGCCGAAGGGUGAGGUGGCCUGUAGGGUGGGGUGGUGUGGUAGAGAGGCUGAGAGGAGGGAUGACGAGAGUGGAGAAAUGACUUGGGAGUUAUUGACACGUUCUCUUAUGAAGUGAAGUCCUUGCUGUCUCCAAGCUUAUGUUCUAGUGGGGGGAUGGGGACCACAUAAAUGAGGAACUGUGUGUCCAGGAGAAAAAUAAAGCAGGUAAGAUGGUCAGGGAGGGAGUAGUCAGCAAAGCUUUACUGAGAGGUGAUAUUUGAGCAAAGACGUAGAUGUCAGAGUGAGCUGAGCAGUGUUUUGGAGGAAGAAUAGUCUAGGUGGAGAAGAAGGCAGAGCUCAGUAUGUCAGGGUGGCUGGAGUGGAGUAUGGUGAUAGAAGGAAGAGGAGGAGGGCUGAGAGGUACUGGGGCUUAUUGGCCACUGCCAGGACAGGUGUUCAUGCCAGGUAACAUGGGAGCUGUUGAGGGUUUUGAACAGAGGGACAUAAUCUGACUUACGUGUUAACAGCCUGUGGCUGCCGUGUGCAGAACAGGCUGUAGGGGGCAGAGGAAGAAGCCAAGAUUGCAUAGCCAUAGCUGUCAUCUUUGCCAGGAAUGGGUGACCUUCCUGGGAUCUAAGAAUGGGCAGCUGGCCAAGGAGGCUGAGCAGGUUGGAGGAAGCCGAGAAGGAGCAGUGGUUUCAGAAAGAGGGUGUUGAAAGCUGCAGAGAGAUGAGAGAAGAAACCUGAGAAGCACCUGCUGGAUCUAGCAAGGUGGAAGUUUUGAGGGGCCUCCAGGAGAGCAGCAUCAGUCGUGGAGUGGGAUCAAGAGAGAAGGAAGGUGUCGCCCUGGCAGCCAGGAUCAGUGCUUCGGGGCUUUUAGGUGUGGUUUGUCCAUAAGAGGGUGCUGGUGGCCCAGCUUUUCAGGGGAAAGAUAAGUCGCCUGGCCCCCUCUUUGGGAGUCCUCAGAGCCACUGCUGCCCUCGGACUGAGGCAAGGCCUGACUCUGGAUAAUGGGAGAGUCCCUGUGCUGUUCAGAUCUCCCGAUGACAGGGUGCAGCCCUGUGUUUGCCAUGCAGCACAUCGUGGGUGGGUCCCACAUACUGGUACGGAGGGGUCUCCUUGGAAGGGACCUCCUUAUGAUCAGGACUCUCUGCAGCCCAGGCCCCAGCCAGCCUGGAGAGAAAAGACCUGAAGAGGCGGCAGCCCUCGGGCUGUAUCACCGCCUCCCAGUGGUGGCAAGAGCCCUGGGGCACAGCAUUCAGCAACGAGCAUCCUCCGCAGCCAAGACUUGGUGGGACAGAUAUGAAGAGUUUGUCGGACUCAGUGAAGUUCGAGAGGCCCAGGGAAAUGUGACUGAGGCAGAGAAAGUGUUCAUGGUGGCUCGAGGGCUUGUCCGAGAGACUCGAGAGGACUUGGAAGUUCAGCAGGCCAAGCUGAAGGAGGUGAGGGACCGCUUGGACCGUGUCUCCAGGGAGGACAAUCAGUACUUGGAACUAGCUACUUUGGAGCACAGGAUGCUGCAGGAGGAGAAGAGGCUUCGCUUGGCUUAUCUGCAUGCAGAAGACUCUGAGCGAGAGAAAUUCUCCCUCUUUUCUGCGGCUGUGCGGGAAAGUCACGAGAAGGAGCGCACAAGGGCUGAGAGGACCAAAAACUGGUCCCUCAUUGGGUCAGUCCUGGGGGCCCUGAUCGGUGUGGCUGGCUCCACCUAUGUGAACCGCGUUCGGCUACAGGAGCUGAAGGCCUUACUCCUGGAGGCACAGAAGGGGCCUGUGAGUCUCCAGGAGGCCAUUCGCGAGCAGGCAUCCAGCUACUCCCUCCAGCAGAAGGACCUCCACAACCUCAUGGUGGACCUGAGGGGCCUGGUGCAUGCUGGGGCAGGGCAGGGCUCUGGGUCACUGGCAGGUACUUCCUCCACCCAAGACAGAGACACAGAUGUCCUUUCAGCUGCCUUGAAAGAGCAGCUCAGUCAUUCCAGGCAGGUCCAGUCAUGUCUAGAAGGUUUACGAGAACGACUUGAUGGCCUAGAAAAGACUUUCAGCCAAAUGGCUUGGGAGGUUCAGCUUGCAAAGGCUCCACAUGCAGGCCUGGUGGAGCCAGCAGACAGGGCUAUGCCCAGCUCCUUGCUGGAACAGGGGAGCAUGAUGUUGGCACUGUCAGAUACGGAGCAGAGGCUAGAAGCCCAUGUCAACAGGAACACCAUCUACAGCACUCUGCUCACUUGUGUGACAUUUGUGGCCACACUGCCUGUGCUCUACAUGCUGUUCAGGGCCAGCUAGCUGCCUGGACCAUCCUCCAGAGUGUAGAUUUAGUUAGAGAAUCCCAGCAGUGAGCUGAGCCUUUGGGGGCACACACAACCUCAGCCUGAAGGAGCACCAUCUGUGUGGCUCACCAGCAGGCAUACUUUGCUUUGUAGGCAAUGUUCAUUUAUAUUAAUUAUCAAAACUUUGUGCUAAUGUCUAAUUAAAAUGUCUUAAGUUUUUAUUUAAAA